ACUUUGAAUUUCGAACCGAGUGUGAGCACGCUUCUUCUUGGAGACCUGCUUCCGACGGACGCUGAAAGUGAAACGCAAAAUCCCGUGACGGAGUGCUUCCACUGCACUGUCAUACAAUGGCUUCCUCCAACACUCCCAAACCCGAAAAGAAGAAGAGUACCAAAAAAUCCGAAAUCUCCAAAGCCGAAAAGAAGAAAACCAAAAACGCUGAAAUCCCCAAAACCGAUGGCAAAACGAAGAAGAACAAAGAAAUCUCACAAGAGGAGAACAAGAAGAAGAUUAAGAAGGCCAAGCUCAGCAACGGCACUUCAAAACAGCGAGACGAGGGAUCCAAAAAGGGAGUAGCAGCAGAAGGAAACGGAGAAGAGGCGAAAAUGAACGUGUUUCCGAUGAAUCGCAUCAGGACGAUGAUUAAGGGCGAAGAUCCCGAAAUGCGUGUUUCUCAGGAAGCAUUGUUUGCCAUCAACAACACUGUGGUAGGUUUUCUAUUCCUUGCGUCUUCUUCUCCUCUUUUUCGAUGUCUCUAUCCUUCUUCGUUUUCCUCCUUUUCAUUGCAGGAAAAGUUCCUUGAGCAGUUCACGCAGGACGCUUAUGCCUUUUGUGCUCAGGACCGCAAGAAAUGCCUCAGCUAUGAUCACCUAGCACAUGUUGUAAGUAAGCAAAGGAGAUAUGACUUUCUCUCUGAUUUUGUUCCUGAGAGAGUAAAAGCUGAGGAUGCAUUAAGAGAGAGAAGUGCAGCAGGAAAAGGAGGAAGUUAAAAAAUCUAAAGCAAGCUAGUGGAGAAUAUAAGCUUAUACUUUAUUUAAUCAUGUAACAUUUUGUAAUGGAAACAUGCAUCAUGAUGAGUAAUGCUGUACUUUAAGUUUCCAUAUUGUAUUUAUUUUAGUAAUCCUAUUCCCGUAAGUGUAUAUGAUUUUUCAGUGACUAUGCAUGUGCUUGACUCUGCUUGGGUAGAGCAUGGUGAUGGUGUCAAAUUUCUUAUGUUGAAAAUCUGAAGUUAAU